UUUUGGAUUUUGGCCCCUUGUGUGAUUGAGUUUGACACCCCUGAGUUACAGUAUAAAUCGAGUAUGUUGAUGUUUGCUGCUACUAUAAAAUAAAAAGGCCCCACUUUCAUUCUGCAUGGUGGUGUAGUGGUUAGCAUCUCACAGUGAAAAGGCUGUGGUUCAAAUCCUCUCUGUGACCUUGCUUUGUGGCGUUUGCAUGUUCUUCUUGUGCACGUGGGGGUUUUCUUCAGCUUCUUCCCACACUCCAAAAACACAUUUUCAUGGGUGGUUCUAAAAUGUCCUGAUCGUUUGUCUCUUUGUGGCCAUACUGUCCAGGUCGAGCCCUCCCCUUUGUCCUCCAGUUGCUGGAUAGGCUCCAGCAACACCGUGACCCGAGUAGGAGUGAAGUGGGUUUAGAAAAUGGAUGGAUGGCAUAUUUUCUAUGUGGGUGAAGAAAACAAUCAGCAGAAGAAAAGCCGUGUUUCUUGACUGUUGACCAGCCAGAUAUGAGAAAUCAUUCAUAUUUACCAGUUUUUACACAUUUUCUAAAACAUGCGUUUUUGCAUUUAGCCCCCAACUCCCUAAUGUUUCCGUUUUUGGCUCUUUGGUGAUAAUCUUCUUCACUCAAUUUGGCUCUAAGGCUUUUAUUUUGAAGGGCCGGACCAGAAGCGGCGCCUCCUGGUCAUUCCGGGCGGGUUUUCUCCACAGUUCGUCCGCUGUCGGUUCUUGAGGUUAAAUGGCACUCACUGUUUCCUGCGCGGCGGAUCUUUCAGCUGCAGGACAGUGCAGCCGCUGCUGACGCCACAACCCUCUGGAAAGCCCGAGGAACGCGAUGCGCUCUGCGUAAAGGCUCCGACCGGGCGGAUCGCUGCUGGACACCCCCGCCGUCCGUCCAGCCCCUCCGGGGGUCGCACUUUUGUUUCCAGUGAGGAGACUUUUGCCCCCCCUCCUUCCAGAAGCAGAAUCCUCCAGAGAAUGGACACAUAUGGGAAUAAAUGUGAGGAUGAGUCCCAGUGCGCAGAGGAGGAGGAGGAGGAAGAAGUGGAUCCAAGGAUUCAGGGAGAACUGGAGAAGCUGAACCAGUCAACUGAUGACAUCAACCGCUGGGAGAGAGAACUAGAGGACUUUCGGCAGAGGUUUCGCCUGGUGCUGGCUGAAGCAACGCUGAAGCUGGACGAUGUGAUGAAGAGGAUUGGACGAGCUGUGGAGGAGUCCAAGCCCUACUGGGAAGCUCGCAAAGUGGCCAGACAGGCUCAGAUUGAAGCCCAACAGGCCACUCAGGAGUUUCAGCGGGCCGUGGAGAUCCUGCGGGCAGCCAAGGAGACCAUCGCCCUGGCCGAGGAGAGGCUCCUGGAGGAGGACACCCGCCAGUUUGACUCUGCCUGGCAGGAGAUGCUCAACCAUGCCACGCAGAGGGUGAUGGAGGCGGAGCAAGCCAGAACCCGCAGUGAGGCUGAACACAGGAAAACGGCGGCCAACUACAACGCCUGCAUCAGCCACAUGAAGCAGCUGGAGAAGAAACUGAAGCGCUCCAUCAGCAAAUCCAGACCCUAUUUUGAACUGAAAGCCAAGUAUUAUCUACAGCUGGAGCAACUGAAGCGUCAUGUGGACGAGCGUCAGGCCAAACUGGCAGCUGCCAAGGCGGAGUACCGCAUCGCACUGCGCAACCUGGAAAGCAUCUCAGAGGAAAUCCACGCCCAGCGACGGUCCCUCGCCAUGGGAACGCGGGAGCAAGGCGUCGGGGCGGAGGGCGACGACGGGAACGAAGACAUCUCCAACUUCAACAUGGAGUCUGACGGCCUGUCCAUGGUGUCAGUGUCCAUCGAGGAGGAAUGUGGUCACAGCUCAGAGGAGGAGGCGGACUUCCACAGCUCUUCCUCAUGCCAAACCCCGCCCUUCUCGCUUUCUUCCUCCACCCCCCUCGACCACUCGUCCUUCUGCCCCCCCUGCCCCUACCUGUCGUCCUCUCCGCGCUCGUCCUGUCCUGGAGGCGUGGAGGAGGAGAGCCGCUCUCACAGUCCUGACCUGCUGUGCGCUUCUGGACACGCCUCGCCUCUUCUGGGUCCUCGCAGCCGAUGCAGCGGCGCGUCCUCGCCAGACUGCGACCAGGAGAGAGGUGACAGAGCAGAAGGAGCAGAGGCCACAUUAGAGGCCGGUCUGAGCCAGUUAACCGUAGCACGAAACCAAGAGGAUUCAGAGGACGAUCAUCCGUGUCACACAGAGCCUGCCAGCUCCACCAGCAGCAGCAUCCUCCUGCUGGACGGCGUCUGAUCAAAACUCGACUGCAUCCACGGUGUUUGGAGCGGUUCUCAUGACCCCCAUCUUUGUCUUGUGGAAACAUCUGUGUUGUCACAUGAAAGCUGCUCUUGUUUGAACAACUGUAAACUAAAACAGAAGAGGUCAGGUCUUCGUUCUGCAGUCUUGGGGGGAAUCAGACAGCAUUUCCUGACCCAUCAUCCCUGCUACCUGUGACAGAACGGUCUGUUAGUUGCAGAGAGGCCUCUGCUGCCAUAACAGAACGGUCCAGAAACGGUCAGUCACUCAGACCUACUGGACUCUCUCUUCAUAGUAGAGCUGCCACAAACGAUUUUUUUAAUAGUCGACUAAUCACAGAUUAUUUUUCACAAUUAGUCGACUAAUCGUGUCAUUCGCAAACUGGAUGUAAAGCACACAUCUUAACCAUCAUUA